CCAUGGGAAAUUUCAAAGGGCAUGCCCUCCCUGGAAGCUUUUUCCUUCUUUUUGGCUUGUGGUGGUCAGUGAAGUACCCACUGAAGUAUGCCUGUCGAAAAAACAAGAAUGCUUGCUACUUUGGCUCCAGGGCAGGAUUUCAGCGCCUGGAGUUUGUUGAGGGUAUCAUCAAAGCUUUCUUUGCCCUGAUUGGAAUGGUCGCCGAGCAGUUUGUUCCUGAUGGACCCCAUCUGAAGUUGUAUAAUUAUGAGGAAAAGCACUGGGAUCACUUGAUGAAUUGGCAACAUGCCACCAUGUACCUAUUCUAUGGCAUUUCAGGGUUGGUUGACAUUGUGGCUCAUGGGACCAAUGCAUUGCCAGUGGCUAUGGACAGGAUGAUGCUUUCCUUAGCAGUGUUUAUUGAAGGUUUUCUCUUUUGCUAUCACCUUCAUGGGAGAGCCAUGCUGGAUGUUCAUGUUCAUCAGUUAUUGUUGUUUGCUGUCUUUGGAGCUGCUGCCUGCAUAUUCCUGGAAGUUUUCUUCCGUGGCAGUAUUGUGCUGGAGAUGCUCCGUACAAGCCUCUGCAUAUUACAAGGCAGUUGGUUCUGGCAGAUUGGUUUUGUGCUUUAUCCUCCAAAUGGGAGUCCAGAGUGGAAUCAGACAGAUCAUACCAAUAUGAUGUUCCUCACCAUGUGCUAUUGCUGGCAUUAUGCCUUUGCUUUUCUUAUACUUGCAGUGAAUUACACAAUCGUCAGCUGGACAAUUCGUUCAAAGGUCAAACAGUCCCAGUCUAUGGAAAUGGGAUUACUGAAAACAUCUGAAAGAGACCAAGAGUCAGAAGAUGAAAUUUAGUAUGAAUAUGGCUUGACUAUCUUAUCCACUCUACCAUUAGGGUAACUGAUACCUCAAUUCUAGAGUUGCUUGUCAUCUUAUUAAUUCUGUAUUACAACUUAUUAUAUAAAUAUCAUC